CGACUUGAAAUCAGUUUCUAGAAGGAUUAGAAUCUCUUCAUUUCAAGCAUAAUCUUCGUAUUUUUAUGGAGUCGGACCGUUACUCGCACACGUGCACGUUCGUAAAUGUGUACAAUGACAAAAAGUAUGAGGGCUGGUGUAGAAAACGCGCACCUGGGCUGGAAAAAUGCAAAAAUCAACUCGAAAUCUUUAUAGCAAACGUGCGGUUCGUCUUGGUCUAUGUGUUUCCCCUAUGCUAAAUUUUCUCCGAUCUGAUUGGAUAACCAACCACAUCAUCGUCGUUAUUUUCGAUUUGCCAAGUGCCCUGGCUGGCAAGCGAUGAGAAUUUACUAGCUUCCAGCGCCGCGUAGAGCUGUUAAAAGCCUCUGAGUCAAAGCCUUUUCGUUAGAGCACAAUAUGCUCACCUUCCCUGCCUUUUCUUCUGGUUCGAUCCAAAUUAGCAGCUACCAGGCGGCGAGCACAGUGGUGCUCGUGACAUGUUUGGUGUUGCUCGUCGUGUCGCGCUUGACACCGCAGCUCACAUUCAUCUGGUAUUGUUUUGUCCGUCCGUUGACUGGAGCCAAAGACCAGAAGACGCGUCUUGAUAAGUUUUAUGAAGGCCAAGCAGAUGUAUACGACGCUACUCGCCGAGGACUCCUCCGUGGUCGAAAGACCAUGCUGAAUCUCUCCGCGGGACAUUUGCGUACCCUCCGUGCCAAUUGUCCUGACAAACGUCUUGUAUGGGUAGAUAUCGGCGGUGGCACCGGACACAACAUCGAACUCAUGGACCAAUUUUUACCCAUAUCCUCCUUUGAUGCCGUGUACCUCAUCGACCUCUGCGAGCCCUUGCUGCAAGUCGCCCGGAAGCGAUUCGCACAAAGAGGCUGGACCAACGUGCAUAUUCUUUGCCAGGACGCAUCCGACUUUGUGCUUCCUGAAUGGCAAAACUCGUCUUCCGUCGACCCGAAAGGAAGCGUUGGUUUCGUCACUCUUAGUUAUUCUCUUUCUAUGAUACCCAAUUUUUAUAACCUCUUGGACCGGAUUGAUUACGUUUUGUCCCCUCAAGAAGGCCUGCUUGGCGUCGUUGAUUUUUAUACUGCCGGAAAGAACGCUUCCUUACAUGAAAAGGCUAUUGGUGGUGAGAGUAAAGAGUGCGGGUGGAUUUCGAGGUGGUUCUGGCAAAUUUGGUUUGAUUUCGAUAAUGUUCAUCUCAGUCCCGCAAGACGUUCAUACCUUGAAUACAGAUUUGGAACAAUCAAAAGUUACAACGGGCGCAAUCGUUUUGUUCUCCCUUUCAUCGUCAGAAUACCUUAUUAUAUCUGGCUCGGACGUCCACGCACUGCAGACAUUUCUAAAAGUUGUCAUGUUUUCGAGGUGGAAGGGGGAAACACCAUUGGGAACUGUUCUCCUGCGUCCUUGAUUAAUGUGACCAAGGAAAUUGAUUCGACUUCCGUGCCUCCGCUUGAGCUGGGUUUCUCCAUCAUGGAACAGCAGUCCGAGUCCAAUGCCGUAAUCGUGAACAUCACUCCCCCGUUAAGCUCCUUUCAUUAUCAGGUAAACAAGCCCUGGAGACUUCCUUAUUACGAGCACCCGGUCCAUAAGGAAUUUAGAACAUUCGUUUAUUCAUUCACAUGGGAGGAUCCAUAUGUCGAUGUCAUGCAUCUCGAGCUCACCAAGGACGACUCAAUGUUCGUCAUAACAUCGGCCGGUGACAAUGCACUACAUUAUGCUAUAGCGGCCAGCCCUCGAACAAUACAUUGUGUCGACAUGAAUCCUUGCCAAGGUCAUCUCCUCGAGCUUAAACUUGCCGCAAUGCAAAGUUUGGACUAUGCAGAUUUCUUUACUCUAUUUGGCGAGGGCUAUCACCCUAACUUCCGCUACCUCCUCGACUCCAAAAUUGCUCCGCAUCUUUCCUCGAGCGCGUAUCAGUUUUGGAGAAUUAAUGUAGAUGCGUUCACUACUCCGUCGAAGCCAUUCUACCUCCACGGUUACAGUGGCUGGGCCCUCAAACUCGCCCGAUUCAUCUUCACGAUAGCUGGAGUCCGCACGGAUGUCGAGCGCUUGUGCGAAUGUGAAACUCUAGACAAGCAAGUACAGAUUUGGCAGCAGAAAUUGCGGCCUGUGUUGCUGAACCCAGUAAUUGUGGCGCUGAUGAGGAACCCCGUGUUUUGCUGGAACGCAUUGGGUGUACCCAUGAAUCAGCGCAGAAUGUUGCUGGAUGAGGGGAGUGUAUACGAGUAUGUGAGAGAUACGAUGGAUCCGUUAUUGUCGACGUAUCUGCUGAAGACAGAGAACUACUUUUAUCUGCUGUGUUUAUUGGGUCAUUACACACCUACAUCUUGUCCGUUGUAUCUCACACAUUCCGGGUUUGAAACCCUGAAAGCUAACGAGGGAAGUGCGGCGAACUCUUUCAGGCUGCAUACGGAUUCCAUAUACAACGUCCUUCGUGGGCUGAGCUCUUGGUCCUUGACCCGGGCUCUUAUCAUGGAUCAUCUCGACUGGUUCACAGUAAACUCUAAAGACGUGGACGAAGAAGUCACACAGCUGGCUCGUGUUGUAGCUCCCGGUGGGUUCGUCUUUUGGCGCUCAGCAGCGAAACAUCCAUGGUACAACGAAGUGUUCGAACGCUCCAAGUUCCGUGUCGAAGCUGUCGCAAUCCGCACAGGGUCUGAGGUCGCUCUGGACAAAGUCAACAUGUAUGCGUCCUUCUGGAAGGCGACCAAAUUAUAGAUCCCAAAAAUGCUAUAUGUAAUUGAGUCCCGUAUGGAAAUAUUCAAAUGACUCGCGUCGCA